AUGUCUUCCACCAAUCCCGAAACCACUUCCUCUAAACGAAAAGCCCCCGAUGAUCGCGUCGCGUCUAAAGCAGCUGCGACCCAAGCGAUCCACUUCACUGCGCGCAACCCGCCAUGGACCUAUCUCAAGCUACAGCUAAUCCACCAACCAGGCACAUCGACUGCCGUCCAAUCUCAGCCCCUCGACCCGCUCACAGCUCGAACACACAUCAAUUCUGCGCUUUCACAAUUUCUCGGCCUGUCAGGCACAGCCAUCUCAAUUGACAUCCUAAAAAUCCUCCCUGAAGCUCCACAACCAAAGCCCACGGAUAAAUUUAUCUGGCUGCGUGUCCCGCGCCAAGAUGCCCCUGCUGUCGUUGCAGCGGUGAGCUCCUGGAUCGGAGGAGGCACUGGCGGUGGCUCGGUGGGUAGUGUGGCGUGGAGGGUCUGUGCUAAAGGAAAUUAUUUGGGAGCUUUGACUCAGGGGUCUGGGGAAGAUUUGUUCGCUCCAUGA